UUGGUUUUUCUUUUUUUUUCUUAUUACAAAGUUUUUUCUUAUUUUGCGUAACCCUUGUAUAUUAUUUUUAUACUUUUAAAUCGGUUUCUUAAUUUACUAUUAUUAUUAUUUUUUUUUUAUUUGUGGUGUCUGUGUCUGUCCGUCCUUCCGUCACUGUUUUUUUAUUUAAUUAUUUUAUUUACUGUCAUCUAAUUGUGUCGCUGACGAGUUGGGAUUUUUAUUUUAUCCAUUGGACGUCCAAAGUACGAGAACAUAACACCUCCGUCGUCGCCUUAUUCUCCACCUUCUUUUUCGCUAACUACUCUGCCGUUUUGCCUUCGACGGCUAUGGUGUUCGAAAUUUAAACUUUUAUUGUGCUAUAAAUUAAUAUUUGUUGUCGUGAUUAUCGUUUUAAAAAUCUAUCUAUGCGCCUCGUCGAUCUUGGCUAAUCUAAUUUCUUGUGCUCAACUCGUGUACAACGUACCGUGACUUCGUCGCUUGCCAAUCGCCAAAGUCGUGUCCGUCCGUCCGCCCAUCUAUCCGCCGUGAAUCCGUAGAACCGGUGCCGGAACUCUUAAGUUCGUACACCUGUGACGUCGAGCUCAUGCGACCUGAUUGGCCAGCAUCCCGAAACCCGAUCGACAUGUUACACACGCUAAACGCGUUGGCCGCCAAAUUAUCACCAACGCAAGUCCAGAAUGUCGACAGUAAUGCCAAUAGGAUAGCCGCUGCUGCAGCCGCAGCCGCCACAGCUCUUACCACUUUGAACGGCAACAGUGAUAUAGAAAUGGCUAUCCCUACCCCAUGUGCGUCCACGGCCGAUGGCAGCAACGACGCCGAACAACCGGAAACCGACUACAUAAAAAUGUUUGUAGGCCAGAUACCUAGGGCAAUGAAUGAGCAGGACCUAAUGGACAUGUUCGGUGAAUUUGGUCGAGUGUACCAACUGAACUUACUCAGGGACAAGUUCUCGGGAGUUAGCAAAGGAUGUUGCUUCGUAACAUAUUAUACGAGAAAAGCUGCUCUCGAUGCUCAAAAUGCUUUACACAACAUCAAGACGCUACCAGGGAUGCACCAUCCGAUACAAAUGAAGCCCGCUGACAGUGAAAAUCGAAGUGAAAGAAAACUGUUCAUUGGUAUGCUGUCAAAAAAAAUAUCUGAACCCGACAUCAGGUUGAUGUUCGAACCUUUCGGAGCCAUCGAAGAGUGUUCGGUGCUCCGGGACCCGAAUGGCGUUAGCAAAGGUUGUGCAUUCGUCACGUACACGACCAAACAGAACGCUAUAGCGGCUAUCAAGGGUAUGCAUCACUCGCAGACCAUGGAGGGCUGUACGUGUCCGCUUGUAGUCAAGUUCGCCGACACCCAAAAGGAAAAGGACCAGAAACGCAUGCAGCAGAUGCAAGCGAACCUAUGGGGUCUGGCGGCGACCGGAGGCAACAGCGUGCCUACCGCACAGUAUUUAGCGCUCGGUGUGCUAGCCAAUCAGCAGAUGAAUAGUGACACGAAUUCGCUGUCGUCGCAAGUACUCCAGCAGAUCCAACUGAAUGCAGCCGCUGCUGCCGUGGCAGCUAACAACAACAAUAACCAUCAGUUAAACAAUCUGCUUUUGACCAACAACACAGGUGCGCUCAAAUCCCCGUAUCAUGUCCAGACGUCCCAUUACCAUCCCACACAUGUAGAUACUGUCUCACCUCGGCGUUUAGAUUACACCGAUCCUUUCUAUACAGGCUACCAGAAUUUGUCUGCGUCGCCGCCGAGUCUGGGAGACCUGAACCCCGGAAACUUACAGAACUUGUCAACGCUCGCCAAUUUGUCCGUCGGAAACCCUAUAGUCAACUCUGUGAAUAUGCAGAAUCUAGUCACAUUGGCCGCGAUGGGAGCAAAUUCCGUCUCGCCAACAGGGUCCAGUUCAUCUAGUCUAAGUAGUUCAGCUCUGUCAAGUUUGUCGCCAACGUCUGCGGCCGCUGCAGUUUUAUUUGGGAAAAAUUCCGGUCUUUUGGCAGGUACCAACAGCACGAACGGUGGAACAUACGGUUCAUCGCUGAACGCACUUGGCCUCACGUUAGCCGACCUAAACUCUAACCAGUUCGCCAUGCCGCAAUCACCACCAGCCAGUUCGCCGCUGUACUUUUUAAACAACAAUAAUAACAACAACAACAGCCCGACAAAAGUGUCCAGCAAGCAGCUUGAAGGUCCGGAAGGUGCCAAUCUGUUUAUAUACCAUCUCCCCCAGGAUUUCGCUGAUUCUGAUCUCGUGACCAUGUUUUUACCAUUUGGUAACGUUAUAUCGGCAAAAGUUUACAUUGAUAAAGAGACCAAACUGUCCAAGUGUUUCGGGUUCGUGUCGUACGACAAUGCGUACAGCGCUCAGGCUGCCAUACAGACGAUGAACUCGUACCAGGUGGGCAACAAGAGGCUGAAAGUGCAGCUGAAGAGACCCAAAGAGGCGUCCAGGCCGUACUAACCGCGCCAUCGACCGACUAACAACCGACCGACCGAUCGUGCCUCGUUCCCCGCAGGAGCGGUCGUACGCCGUAUUUGUUUUUAUUUAAGAAGACAUGAAAUAUAAUAAUUGUUAUGUGUGUACAUAAUAAUACUUGGUUUCUUUUACUUUUGUUUCGUUUUUUGUUUUGUUUUUUUUUUUAUAUAUAAUAUAUAAAUUUGUAUAUUUACAUGACACAGAGUAGUAGGAAUAUUUUUAACGCAGUUUUGUUUGAUGAAAAACAAUCCAAGAAAGGAAUUUAUGAAGAAUCACUAAAUUACGAAAAAUUGAAACAAAACUUAAUAACAUACUGACAUUCUCAUUUGAACUAAUUUAUUAUAUAUAUUAUAUAUGUGAGUACGAGGAAAAUGUCAGAUUAUUAAUUUUGUUUCGUUUUGAUGUUUUUCUUCAUUAUUUAUUUUUUUGUUUUACUCUAAUGAGGUUUUUAUUUCUUUACAAAAGGACCAAUUUUCGUUAUUAUUUUCUGGGACGUCGUCUCGACUCGUCUCUAUGUAUGUAUGUAUGGUUUUACACUUUACACUAAACAGUAGUCUUAAAUUAAUUAAUUUUUGAUCGUUUAAUGACAUUCUCUAGACUGCUCUUAUUAUUAAUGUGUAAUGUUUUUCUUUAUAAUUUUCGAACUAAUCGUGUAUACCCUUGAAAUUAUUUGUUCGGCAAUCAGGGUAUUAAGAGAGUAUACCCAUAAAGAAAUGUAAUUUAUUUAAUAAAUAAAAAUAAUGUACUAAAAAACAUUGAAUUACGCCCCGUAAUGGUUCCUGUAGUUAAAUAAAAAAAUAAAAAUACAAAAAAAACAUGUUUAGCGUACAGUUUUAUAAAAAUAAGUGGUCAACAUAUAUAGUAUACUCAUAUAGUCAUAUGUAAUAACUACCUAAUAAUAAUGUUUGUUUUGUUUUUUCUUUUUAAUUGCAACGACUUAUAAAAUUAAAUUUUGUUCAGUAUUAAUUUUAAUUUAUUGUUUUUGCAUGUGUUAAUAAUUUUAUAGACUUUUUCCAAUUGAUGCCAUUUUCAAUAACUACAAAGACUUACAUUUUUGUUUAGGUGAUAUUAUUAUGUUCUUUGUGCUUAAAAAAAAAAAAA